AUGCCCGGCAAGAAGCGUGCCCAUGUUCCGGAUGUCCAGGAGCUCCUGGAGAAGCCAUGGUGCUACUACUGCGAGCGAGAAUUCGAGGAUCUUAAAAUGCUUAUUAGUCAUCAAAAGGCCAAACAUUUCAAGUGCUCGCGGUGCAACAAGCGCCUGAAUACGGCCGGCGGUCUGGCUGUCCACAUGACGCAGGUCCACAAGGAGACUCUCGAGAUGGUCGAGAACACAAUCCAGGGCCGCGAGGGCCUCGAGGUCGAAAUCUUUGGCAUGGAGGGCGUCCCCGCCGACAUCCUGCACGAACACCAGCGUGCUAUUGUUCUCGAGUACAACGCGAAGCAGAUGGAGCGUCGCAUUGCUACCGGAAACCCUCCGCCCGGUCAAGGUGGGCAUGUCUCAACCAAGAGACUAAAGACUGAGACUUCCGAGGAGUUGAAGGCACGCCUUGCAGAAUUCAAGGCAAAGAACGCAGCCGCCAAAGCUGCCAAAGCCGCCGCUGCAAAUGGAGGAAUUUCGGCCGAGGCCAACGCAGGCAGCCCCGGCCACAUCUCGCCUCCUCCCGGCGCUCAGAGCGCCUUCAACCUCCCAGCACGUCCAACUGUGAACGCCCUCGCGCCAACCGUCCUCCCAGCCCGUCCUCCGUAUCAUUAUAACGCGUCUGUCCCUUCGGCCACGGCUAGCGCUAUCAGCGACGACAUUGACGAAAUGAUCCGGAUGGCGGAGGCUGGUAUCAAGCCACCACAGCAGCAAAGCCCAGCCCCAGAGGCGAGCACGGAAAAGAAAGGCAAGAAGGAAAAGCACGUUCGUAUGGUUUACGGAACCUCGGAUGCGAGCCCGGAGGAGAGAAUUUCCACUCUCACUGCCUACAACUUCGUCAGUGUUGGCGCCUAA